AAAUGUUUGGUGCUUUUCCGGAUUCCACAGUGCAGCAAUAAAGUGUCACACAUGCCGCUGUUUCUCGGAGACCUUGUUCUUCUUCUGAAGUGAAAACUAUUACAUUCCUCGAGGCUUUGUUUUCCAGCGUCUUUUUAAGUUUUAGGAGAAAAAAAUGGCAGAACACGCCCCCUCUGUUGCCCUUGAGGCUGUUCAUAAAACCACCAUCGACCUGCCGGAAGACCUACCCAUGAUUAAAGGCUACGACUUCAACCAGGGUGUGAAUCUCCAGGCUGUGUUGCGGUCAUACCUCACCACAGGCUUCCAGGCCAGCAGCCUUGGCUUGGCCAUCCAGGAGAUCAACCGCAUGAUCGAGAAGCGCCUCGAACCAGUUCCAGCCGAAGAAAACGAAUGUAAAGCGUCUGGCGAUGCGCCUCGCCGUCCAGGUUGCACCAUAUUCCUGGGAUACACUUCAAACCUCAUCAGCUCUGGAAUCAGGGAGAGCAUCCGAUACCUGGCAGAGCACAAAAUGGUGGAUGUGAUGGUGACCACAGCAGGUGGCAUUGAGGAGGACUUUAUCAAGUGUCUGGCUCACACCUACUUAGGAGAUUUCAGCCUACCUGGCAAAGAGCUUCGCUUGAGAGGUAUCAACAGGACUGGCAACCUCCUCGUGCCAAAUGAUAACUACUGUAAAUUUGAAGACUGGCUUAUGCCCAUAUUGGACCAGAUGUUGUUGGAGCAGAACACAGAGGGCACACUUUGGACACCUUCUAAAAUGAUCCACCGCCUUGGCAAGGAGAUCAAUAAUAAGGACUCUGUCUACUACUGGGCAUACAAGAACAACAUCCCAGUGUUCAGUCCCGCGCUGACAGACGGCUCACUGGGUGACAUGUUAUACUUCCACUCCUUUAAGAACCCCGGCCUUGUCCUGGACAUUGUGGAAGAUAUUCGCAAAUUGAAUACCCAGGCGGUGCAUGCUCACAAAACUGGAAUGAUCAUCCUGGGUGGCGGCUUGGUCAAGCAUCAUAUAGCCAACGCCAAUCUCAUGAGAAAUGGUGCCGAUUAUAGUGUGUAUGUCAACACGGGCCAGGAGUUUGACGGCUCUGACUCUGGUGCUCGACCCGACGAGGCCGUGUCUUGGGGCAAGAUAAGAGCCGAUGCCAAACCUGUGAAGGUGUACGCUGAUGCCUCCUUGGUGUUCCCUCUGAUUGUGGCCGAGACCUUUGCGCUCCAUGCUGACAAGCUGACCGCCGGCAGGAAAACGGAGUGAAUGGACCGUUAGGAAGGGACUUUCUUAUUAAAGACACCCGUCAAAGACUUUCCUCCUGCUUAAGGCCAGGUAAACCUUUCACUACCGCAGGAUUCCUGCGCUGCCAUGUAGAAACGAGACCAUGUGGUGUUGCUUAGCUGGACGCGGACAAUAUUUUCUUGUUAGAACAAGUAGCUUUACUCUUAUUAAGAUGGCAGAAAAAACAAAAUCAUAUUCUGCAGCACGCAUCAAAGGCGCUUGGGAAUGUGGCAACUCAUUUUUAAGUUUUUAAACCUCCGUGGGUACUUUUCUGUGUUAUCUAAACCAUAAAAUCACAUGCAAAAUUGUUUUAUUUUUCGGUCAUGGUUGAAAAGUAAAUUGGCCCAAUUCAGAAGACGUCAUGAGUCAUGCAUGCAAUUCUUUAUUUCACACAACUUCAAAUAGUAUUUUAGGUUUUUAUAGUCUUGAUGGUCUUGAGUAGUUAAUGGGAAUAUACAACAACUAUUUACCUAAUUAUUAUAAAUUGUUGUGGAGGAAUUUCCUAAGGGGUUGGAAGGAAAACAACUUUUAUUUUAUCAAUCAAACAAAUUUUACUUAUACAGCCCUUAAUCAGGGCUGUUGGUGGGGCUACGGAUUUAUUUUAUUCACUUUUAAUGUUAAGGCAUUUAUUUAUAUAUUGCAUGACUCAUGAGAAAAUAUUUAGCAGCAUCUAUACUUUUGACUUUGGAUUUAAGUGUUGGACAAAUUCUGCCAUUUUUCAACCUCUUAUCCAUUUUUUUCUUUUGGGAUUUCAAUCACAAGAAAUCAUUAAAAACUUUGUUUCAACAAAACGGGGGCGACUCACUCAGCUGGAAUUCACAACUUGGAGCACCUAUAUUCACUUUGAAUGUUUACAUUUUCAGCCCCCAGACAUAAUACAGCUACUCUGAACUCCUUUUCCUCUCUCUUGUUCUUUGCAAACAACCACAUAAUCAAGUCAUGGUAAUGAUGACAUUUCCCAUUGUGAUAAAUCAGUCUGCUGUUGUGGCAGUUAUAUUUCCUGUCUCUAAUCACGUUUCCCGUAUCCUCAUGUUGUUUUCAUAACCUACUUAUAGUUUCACUUUACUUUAUAAAAGUGUAUUU